UUCUGAAGAAGGAGGCGGUGCCGAGCGUAAUUGUUUACGUGUGAUCGUCCGACCAUUCAGUCAGUCAGACUAAAUAGCGCAGCGCUCCUGUUACAUUUUACCCGCAUAAUUUGGCCAGCUUGACUGAAUUGUGAUGCUCGGGGCAGAGCGAUCUACUCUGUCUGAAGUAGCCAAGAUGACCGCGGCGAGUCAAGCAGAGCGGACUGUGCUGGAGGAAGAAUUCAACUGGCUGCUGAAGGAAGAAGUGCAUGCGGUGCUGAAACAGCUGCAGGACAUUUUAAAGGAGGCAUCGAGGCGUUUUUCCAUGCCGUCACCAGGUCUGGAGGGACAGCUGAAGCAAGAAAACUUCAUUCUGGGCAGCUCAACGAUGGACCAGGUUAAAGGGGUUUUGACUCUACAAGGAGAAGCUCUUACUCAAGCUGAUAUUAAUAUAAAAGUUGCCAAAAGUAGUCAAGUCAUGCAUUUUGCAUUCCGGGAUGAUAAACAGUGGAAACUGCAGCAGAUCCAGGAUGCCCGAAACCAUGUGAAUCAGGCCCUGCAGUUACUCAGUAGCCGUGAUGACAGCUAUCACUUCAAAACUGGGGCUGAAGUCAAUAAGCUUAUGGACGCAAUAAUGCUUCAGUUGACUCGAGCCCGUAACAGACUCACCACCCCGGCCAGCAUGACUCUUCCAGAGCUCGCCGCCAGCGGCCUCAUGAAAAUGUUCACACCUCCAAUGCCGGGUGACGUGAUGGUGAACUUCUACAUCAAUCUCAGUAAGCUUUGUUUGACAGUGUAUCAACUGCACGUGCUGCAGCCUAACACAACUAAGAACUUCAAACCGGCAGGAAGUUCAGUGCUGCAUAAUCCAGGAGCAAUGUUUGAAUACAACAACACCAAGUUCGAGGUGAGCCACGUGCACAAGGUGGAGUGUGUGGUGCCGUGGCUGAACGACACGCUGGUGUUUUUCACCAUUUCUCUGCAGCUCUGCCAGCAGCUCAAAGAUAAGAUUUCUGUCUUCUCUAGUUUCUGGAACUACAGACCAUUUUAAGCUACAUCUGACCAAAACUCUACAUUGAAUGAUCAUUUAAAAAAGCAAAAUAAUAAAAUUAUUAUGCUCUAGAACAGUGUUUCCCAACCCUGUUCCUGAAGGCACACCAACAGUCCACAUUUUCAACCUGAAAAAUCAAAGCCUGAAGUUAAUGGGUCAGAUAAGAGAAACACUGAAAAUAUGUACUGUUAGUGUGCCUCCAGAAACAGGGUUGGGAAACACUGCUCUAGAAUUUACUAAGAACAACAACAAAAAAAACUAUUGUGAACAAGCUCCGUGAAAUAAUCCGUUGUGAUUUUUACUAUAUGACCAUGUAUGAAUCUAGUGUGCUUCUCGUUCAGUAUGAGGUAGCGAGUGCUGUCUAUGUAGCCCGAAUGGAAUCAUUUGAAGGCAUUCGGCGAUGUGGUUUUGUGUUCAUGCAGUAUUUGUCAUGGUCAGUGUUGAUUUUAUUUGUCAGUAAUCUUGCCUAUAUUGUGUUUACUCAUCCGUGUUUAGGUUUAGAAAGGAAACGCUACUAAAACACAAUGCUUACGUUUUAUAUUUUGUCGCAACGACUGUGAAAUAUUCCAGUUGGUUUGUUGAGCGAGCUCUUUGAACUGUUUACCAGUGUUUUUAGUUGAGAAAGUUUAACACUUGAACAUUAUUCCUCUAAAACCAGGGACUGUCAUCAGUGCAGCACGGUAAAAGCGUUAAGACCGUUUUCAUAUGCGCAUUAAUAACCAACAGUGUAUUUUUUUGCCACUAUAACUCAUCUGUGGUGUUAUUAUAGUAACUCUAAAUGACAACGAAUGAUGUCAGGGCUUCAUCUUCCAUCAUUCCAUUUCAAACCAAACACAUUCCUACUGAUGGCUGAUUGGAGAUCAGAGUUCAGCAUUUCUAAUAACCAUCAUUCUAUGAUUAAUAAAAGGAAUAUUAUGUUGAUCAACAGUUUGUGGUUAUUACAGAAAGGGUUUCUCUGGUAGCUCAUUUAUUUUGUCAGACUUGAUAUUUAUUGCUAUAUUUAUAUUUAUUUCUUGUUAAAUGCACUUAAUUUGUGUCCUGAUUUCAUGCGUGUUAAUUUUGAACAUUUGAUUUGUGUUUACAUAAAUUCUAAGCUAUUUUCAUGUGUAUAUCAUGCUUGAUAUGGAA